AUGUAUGCAUUGCCUACUAGUGCUGACGGUGCCGGUCACCUGUGCGUACCGCCUGACCCGGAUAUAGAGCCUGCUGCUCUGGCUGCUGGUGCGGCUGCUGCUCUGGGUGCUAGUGUGUCUCUUGCUCCAGGUACAAGUGCGGCUGCUGCUCUAGGUGCUAGUGAGUCUGCUUCCUUAGGUGCGGUUGCAGUCUCUCUGGCAGACCCCUCUGGGGGCCCUGUCCUUGCUCACUUCUCCACUGUCCUCCCGUGUCCGGCGGCCCCCUCUGGCACCCUGUCUGGUCUUUACCUCCCCUCGUUCUCUACGAACUUGGUGAGUGGUGCUGACCUGCAGGAUGCGGGGGCUCACCAGUUCACUCCUGCGAGUCAGCGGGUGACCCACUGCACAGACGCUCGGACAGGCCGACACCUGGCCACGUUUACUCGUCGGCCGGGGUCGAGCCUGUACACACUGACCACUGCGUCUCCUCCAGUUGCUGAGUCUGGUAGGGUAGCUGCGUCGGGUCAGCACCACCGCCUUGGUCACCCCUCUCUGCUUCGGCUCAGAGGCAUGGCCUCUCGUCUUCUUGUUUCUGGUCUCCCCCGGUCCCUCCCUCCCCUUCCUCAGGGCCCUGGCCCUACCUAUGUCCCCUGUGUCGAGGGGCGCCAGCGUGCUGCCCCUCACUCCUCCCAGUUUCCUCCGACAGAGGCACCGUUGCAGACGCUUCACAUGGACGUGUGGGGCCCAGCCCGCGUCCGUGGACAGGGUCACGAGCGCUACUUCCUGCUAGUUGUUGACGACUACUCGCGCUACACCGCAGUCGUCCCCUUGCGCAGCAAGGGUGAUGUCACUGAGGUGCUGAUCGAUUGGAUCCACGCAGCUCGUCUCCAGCUCAGGCAGAGCUUUGGCUCGGACUUUCCUGUUCUGCGUCUGCACUCAGAUAGAGGCGGAGAGUUUUCCUCUGGCCUUCUGAGAGCCUACUGUCCCGCACGGGGCAUCCGUCAGACCUUCACGCUUCCGGACUCUCCGCAGCAAAAUGGGAUUGCUGAGCGCCGCAUUGGCAUGGUCAUGGACGUCGCUCGUACGUCUAUGAUGCAUGCGGCUGCCCCCAAUUUUCUGUGGCCGUUUGCGGUCAGGUACGCGGCGCAUCAGAUCAACCUUCACCCCAAGGUCUCCAGGCCGGAGACCUCCCCAGCCUUGCUGUGGACGGGGAAGGUUGGCGAUGCGUCGGCGUUCCGGGUCUGGGGAUCUCGGGCGUUUGUCCGCGACUUGUCCCCUCGUGCUGUUCCUUGCGUCUUCCUGGGGUUCCCCCCUGAUGCGCCUAGGUGGCAGUUCUACCACCCAACCUCUCGCCGUGUUCUGUCCUCCCGGGACGUCACGUUUGACGAGUCAGUCCCCUACUACCGCCUCUUCCCCUACCGCACUCCGUCCCUCCCCCCGCCCCCGCUCUUCCUUGUAUCAGGUCCCCCCCCAGGUAGACCCCCUCCCCCCUUUGGGUCCUGCCCCUUCAGGUGUGUCCCAGGUAGACGCAAUCGAGCCUGUCGAGGUUUUGGAGCUGCUGGAAGUGCUGCUGGAGCGGGUGCUCCUGCUGGAGGUACUGGUGCUGUCCCUGCUGUUUCUGGCGUCGCCACUCGGCCUCGACUGUACUUCGUUCCACUCCUGCAGCAGGUUCUUGGUCUUCCUCCUUCUACUGGUCCUCCUCCUCCCUUCGAGUGUCCACAGCCUGUCCCGUCACAGUUACAGUUGCAGCCUACCUCCCCUUUGCCUGCUCCUUCUCCCUACACUGGUCCUACUGGGGGUCUUGCUGAGCGUCGUGAGCCUGCGUCUCGCCCUACGUCGCCUGUCUGUGCUGCUCGCGCUAGUGGUCGUGGUUCGCGUCCGCGUCCUCCUCCUGUCCCUGGCACGCACAGGAUGUCUCUGCGUCCGUCCACUGCUCCUCUGCGUGCCCCUUUGCCUUCUCCUCCUGGGUCCUCUCUUCCUGCUCUUGCCGACCCGGAGUCGGACUCUCUUCGUGCUGCCAGUCCUACUGUCACGCGUCUCCUGGCUACUGUCGUCACUGACCCUUCUUUCGAGUCCACUGCUGCGUCUGCCCUAGUUGAUGAGCUCGUCGACUUUGCUGCUCGCUGUCGCCUAGACUACGCUGCUAGUCUUGUCGCUGAGUCUGAGUCUAUCUGUCCUCCGUCCGUCGGGGGUGAGUGUGCCCUUGGCACGGACGUCCUUGAGGACAGACAGGAGGAGUUCCAGUGUCUGGCAGUUGCUUCACCUCAUCUCGUGUCUCUACUGCUUACCCCUGAGGGAGACCCGGAUGCACUUGACAUCCCGACUCCGCGCUCUUACGCAGAGGCGAUAGAGGGUCCCUACUCCUCUCAGUGGCAGACAGCUAUGGAUGCAGAGAUGGCUUCCUAG